UUCAUAUUCAACCAAAUAGUUGAAACUUUGUGUUAAAUUAAUGGUGAAAAAUGACUAGGAUUAUCUUUUUGUUUACAGACACAUUUUAUAUAUUGCUUGUUAACUUUGUGUGUUUAUUUUGUUUCUCGUAGAGAGAGAGUGUGUCAAGAAACCUAGCGCACUUUAUGUAAUAAGGUUUAUAAACUUUCUGUUGGGUUGUUUUAUGCACCAUAGUAUGAACAUAUUUGUGUUCACCUGUAGAUAACCUAUUGAAUUAAUCGAUAUUUAUUUUAUCCUUUGAAGAAUAUAUUUGUGAAUAUAGUGUACAUACUAACUUUAAGGAGUAAUGUUUCUCUUUUAUUUAUUUCUUUGUUAGAUAAAGCUACAAAUGAAGCUUCAAUCAGCAUUAAACAAAACACACGUUUUACCAAAUAUGGUUACUAUUCCAGUCUUAAUAAUAGCUUGUAAUCGUCCUAGUGUUAAUCGUCCUAUUGAUAAGCUUCUACAACUGAAAACUGAAUUCCGGCGACAACAGACUUUUAACUUCCCGAUUUUCGUUUCUCAUGCUUGUGAUGACUACAAUACUGCAGUAACACUAGAUGCUUAUCAAAAUUCUAUUACUGUCAUAAAACCUAACGCUCCAUUGACGAAACCAAUUAUGGGACCUAGUCGCCGUGUAUUCGAAGGUUACAGGCACGUUAGCCAUCAUUACAAAUGGGCCUUAGAUCAAAUGUUCCUAGUACGUAAUUUCUCAGCUGUAAUAAUCGUAGAAGACGACCUGGAUUUAGCACCAGAUUUUCUGAGCUAUUUUGCUGGUAUGUUCCCAAUUUUAGCUCGAGAUAAUACACUUUUCUGUGUAUCUGCUUUCAAUGACAACGGAAGACUAGAAUUAAUUGAUGUUAAGCGCCCGGACUUAUUGUAUAGAACGGAUUUCUUCCCUGGUCUGGGUUGGAUGUUACUAAACACAUUUUGGAUGGAAAUCAGAGAAGGUUGGCCUGAUGUAUACUGGGAUGAGUAUUUACGAAAGCCGUAUGUACGUAAAGGACGAGCUUGUAUUCGACCAGAGAUUAGUCGUUCUAUUACAUUUGGAAGAAUCGGUAUAUCUCAAGGUCAAUAUUUUGACAGUCAUUUAAAGCAUAUCAAAUUAAAUGAUAUAAAAAUUAAUUUUCAAUAUAUGGAUUUAUCCUAUCUAGAGGAGAGUGUAUAUCGUAAAAAUUUGCAGAGUUUAGUUUAUACAGAUUCAAUAGAAAUGGAUAUUAACUCUUUUAUUAAUAAUCAGAUAGAUAUGUCAGAAAUUUCUAAGCCUAUUCGAAUUAUCUAUCAUAAUCGUAAAGAAUUUGAAGAGAUUGCAAAACACUUUAAACUUAUGUCUGAUUUUAAAUCUGGUGUUAGCCGUAAUGCAUAUAUGGGAGUGGUACCGAUAUAUGUGAACAAUCGUCGUGUGUAUAUUGCACCACCUAAUGUAUGGACAGGUUAUAAUGAAUCAUGGGUUUAGUGUUAUUGUGCACAUGCAUGUGUAUAGGCAAUUUCUAGUGAAUUGUAAAAAUGCAACCUUUAUUCAUUCUUUUGUACUGCAUAUUGUCAAUAUUAAGGAAGGAAGAAGGGAAGCCUUUUUUUAUUGGUUCUUGCUUAUUUCUUUAUCUUUAUUUAUUGGGUUAUUGUUUUGUUAUCAUAGUGAAGUGAUAUAACUAUUAGAAGUUGUACAGUUAUUGUUUAUACACAUUUCGUAUAUGUAUUUGUGGGUGUGAAGGGAGACCUUCUAUCUCCUCUAAUCUGUCUUUCAUUAUUUGAUGUUCUUAUUGGAUUUUGGUAUAUUCUGACCGUUGGUGUUAGGUAUAAUUGAGUUACACUUUGUUUUCUUAUUUAUUUGAACAAAAAGCAACAAUAACAGAAUUUCUAAUUUAUUCUUAUUAAUUUACAUUUUAAGGUUACACAAAGCUUUAUGUGAUGAGCAUAUUUUUGCAUUGUACAGUUAAUAUACAUAUAUAUAUAUUCUAGUUCCUUAUUUCUUGGUGGCGGUUAAAGAUUUACGUUAGUGAUUAGAUAUUCUUAAUAUUUUUGUUUUUACUCUUUCUAUAUACUACCUAAUGAUUAGUGGUUUAUGGUUGUACAAUUAAAAUCAGAUUAUAAACAUGAGAU